AUGGACCUUGAAAAUUUUGAGGAUGGCCCAUCUGCACUGCAUUCACCGAGCUCGCAUUAUCAAGGACAACAACUUUCACCCAAGACGGCUCUGCGUCUUUUCGACGACACAUGGUAUACACUAGCCACUCGGCGUGCAAGAUGGAUGGACUUGAUUGGUGAUUAUGGUGGGAAAGAGACCUUUUUCAUCGACGGUGACUCUCUCCUCCAAGUGGUGUUUGACACGCCGUCUUUAGCCUUAGGACGCUUAGUUGAAGACACUGAAAACAAGAGGACCGACAAUUCAUUUCAACUUUUGCAUGCCAAAUUUAUCCUUGAAAAACAUAUCCUAGAAUUCACACAGCGUGACACGACUUUUGAAGUUGUUUUCUUCAAUGGCGCUCGACAUACUUCCAUUGGAGCCGGUGGCUCCGAAUUCAGUAGAAACUCACGCGCUUUAGCACGAAAAAUGCUUUUCCACCACAUGGCGAACAUACAUAUUCCUAUCCACUCAUUUGACUCACCCAAGGACCCUUCUUGGAUCAAUCUAGUAUCGAAGAAGCAGCCUAUGUUCAUUAUGGCGAAUGAUGGUGACACUCUCGUAAAUGCUCAAGGAGGCCAAUAUAAACGCGCUCUCCUUCAGAGAGAAUUACUAUUUGAGCUGUCUCGUCAAGGCCUGGCAUUUGCACUUCUCAAAGGAGCUGAAUAUCGUGACUCUAAGAUCAUGACGUUCGUAUACGAAAGCCGCACUCAUGUACAGAACCUCCAACUUGAUCUGCCUCUAAAACAUGCUAUCAGCUUCUCGCGCGAUGAGCUCGAUGAGCAACUAGGAUAUAUUACUCCAUUGUCUACUCUGGUUAUUCAGCAUCCGUUGGAGUGGUGGUCUAAUCGUCUUCCUGUUGGGGACCUUUCAAGCAUGUUUCUACUGCAUGUCUCGCUCACUGCGCAGCUCGAUGUACGACUAUUGGCACGAGGACUACCGAAGCUUCAUCCAGACUUAGAGCUUCUUCUCCAGAGAACCUUUCUACCCUCUGUGUUUCGAAUUCUCGCUCAAUCUGAUUCUUAUUCCCUGGACAUCGACGGAAGACUAUUCCUGGAAGUCUUGCGGUUUGUAAUCCAGACUAAGGCGACUUCCGUCAAGCAAAUUUUGCCUUCACUUCAAAAAGCUGACGAAAAUUUCCGAAUCUUGUCCGAGUUAUCUUUCGAUGGUCCUGGUCUCGCCGAUCGCUACCCAUGUCCUCCAAUAUCCGCCGUGGCUGCAUCUCCUCCUCCUCAGCAGUAUCAUCUUCUUCCCUUCUCUAACCACGUAUUUGACACUGCUCUUGCUCAUGUAAAUAUACCGGGCAUGUCCCAGAUUGAUGACAAUGCGCCAAAUUCAAUAUUUGGGAUGGAUAUACUGGCCAAUGAUACGAAGCACUGGCAUAACAUGCACUCGUUCCUGCCCACUUACCUAGGAGGGCCGAAAAGCAAACCGCUCAACGAAUGGGAGAAGCGGCGACGUGAUCGGAAGUUGCAUCGUGAUCAGACCAGAUUACAAAAGCAGGCUGCUUCUCUCACUGGGGCAAAUGGGAAUAUCUUGGAGAAAACCAUAAUUGCCCCUGUGGGAUCCAAACCACAGAACUCUAAGCCGAUACGUUUGAGCGGUGCUGAUAAGACUAGAGCUAAGAUCCAGGAAGGUAAAUCGAAGAAGACCAAGGAGGCGGACCGUUCCAAGCCACCAAUCUUGACCGGGGCUAAUAAAGCUAGAGCUAAGAUUUUAGAAGAUAAAUCCAAGAAGACCGAGAAGGAGGCUGUUGAAUGGUGGGGAGGGAAGCUGAAGGCUAUGACUCUUGACACUGUGGAGGAUCAGCUUGAACAUGUUAAGUUGAUGAAGCGGAACCCUUCUUCCAAGGCUACAUAUCCCUCAGUUGCCUUCGAGAUGCGACUCUAUGAACUUCAUCUUAUCUUGAAGGGCUGGACGAUGAAGUCAGAUCCUGAUUCUUCCCGUGACGAGAUGGUCAUCAAAAUACUUCGCCUCCUCUCCGAGAUCAAAAAACUACCAGUCCACCCGAACAUCCCAACCACUGCCAACAAGUUUCUCAUGGAUGUGUGCCGCUCUAUCGGGUUUGAGUCUUUCACUAGUUCGCUUCUUCCCGACGUUGCGCUUUCCUUGGAUUCUUGCGCCUUCAAACCGAUUAAACUUGUCAGCAAAAUGGUCUCUCUUUAUCCCUUUAUGUCUAUCACGGUGUCGCCAAUCGAAUGGCAGCUAGAGCACUUUGGAGAAUACAUGGACCGUUCCAUGGACAGUGCCCCAGAUGCACGUGUGCCCUUCUCCCCUGAUCGUUGGCAGCGAGAGGUCCUGGACGCCAUUGACAAAAAUGAAUCUUUACUAGCCCUCGCUCCAACCAGUGCGGGAAAGACAUUCAUCUCAUUUUAUGCUAUGGAAAGGAUCCUUCGUGAAUCUGACGAUGGCGUAUUGGUCUAUAUUGCACCAACAAAGGCGCUUGUGAACCAGAUUGCCGCAGAAGUUUAUGGUCGAUUCUCAAAACACUACUCUGGCAAUCAAACCCUUUUAGCAGUGCACACCCGUGAUACACGAACUGGAGACUUACAGCGAGCCCAAAUUCUAAUUACUGUGCCAGAAAUGCUUGGAAUUCUUAUUCUGUCGCCGGCCCUGGCUCAAAACUGGACGUCGCGAGUAAAACGGAUUAUACUAGACGAAAUUCAUUCCAUCGGGCAAGAACAAGGAGGUGCGGUUUGGGAACAAAUCAUUCUGCUCGCUCCGUGUCCGAUAAUUGGGUUAUCAGCGACGGUCGGUUCACCCGAACAAUUCAACGUGUGGCUGGAAUCUGUUCAGAAGGCUCACGAUUUCCCGCAUGUGUACAUACACCAUCCAUAUCGAUAUUCACACCUGCGGAAAUUCUUCUUUCUUCCCUCACCAGACAAAUACUCUUCCACGUCGCUAUCAAGUCAUGAAGUUUCCAAGCGGUUGACGUUCCUCCAUCCGGUCUCGCUUCUUUCCGAGAAUUCCAAUUCUCUUCCGAUAGAUAUGUCGCUGGAAUCGCGUGACUGUCUGUUUCUCUACCGCACUCUGCAUAAUCAUAACCUGUUGGAAGACAUUGAUCUGAGCCCUGAAACAAUCUUUAAAGGACGGGGCUUACUAUGUCAAAAGGAUAUUCUUGAAUACGAGAAAGUCUUGAAGGAUGUUGUUGUUCAUUUAAUGGUGCACGACCCUAACUCCAUGAAGAAAAUCAUUUCAUCGCUUACUCCCCGGACUCUCACUGAUCCUGGCGCUGACGUUUCACCGUCUAAGGACGAGUUUCUUGAGGGUUUGAUGUCGCUAGUUUGUGAUCUGCACAAACUUGAUAACUUACCAGCUAUCUUGUUUUCCUUUGAUCGUACUAGUUGCGAAUACAUGGCCAAGUCCAUUAUUAAAGAACUCGAAUCGUCGGAGGCAAAGUGGAAACAAAGCAGUCAUCGUUGGAAGACCAAACUUGCUGAAGUUGAAAAUUGGAGGAAGCUAGAAAAAGUCCGGUCUGCUCAACGCCAAAAAGAAAUGAGGCAAAAACAAGAGCAUGAUGCGCCAAGGGAUGAUGUUUCUUCAACUCAUGCCUGGCAAGCAACUUUCCAUGAAGAGGACCCGCUGGCUGAUUUCUCAUUCGCGGGAAGACCGUCAUCAAAGGAGGAGCUGGAAGACACCAUUAGAGAUCUUUCUGGACCAUGGUUAAAUACACCUGAUUGGGCUAUCAAUGCGCUUCGCCGCGGUAUUGCAGUCCAUCAUGCUGGCAUGUCCAAGGCUUAUCGCGUAGUGAUUGAAAACCUCUUUCGCCAAGGUUUUAUUCGCGUCAUGAUCUCCACCGGAACUCUCGCUCUUGGAAUCAAUGCUCCUGCACGAACCAGUGUCUUUUGCGGUGAUUCCCCAUUUUUGACCGCUUUGAUGUACCGACAGUGUGCUGGCCGUGCUGGCCGGCGAGGGUUCGACCUCCUUGGAAAUGUAGUUUUCUUUGGUCUCCCAUACUCGCGAGUACAGCGUCUCGUUCUCUCCCGACUACCAGCGCUCGGAGACUCAUUCCCCCUCACGUCAACUUUCAUCUUGCGACUCUUUAACUUGCUUCAAGGAUCAAACUACGCAGACUUCGCUGUCCGGUCCGUCGAAAGUGUCAUGAAUCUCCCGCGAAUUUCCCACCGUUCCGUUAUGGGGAAGGAUCAAGUUCUUCAUCAUGUACGGUUCUCAAUUGAAUACUUGAGGCGCGCGGGGCUCUUGAAUCAUGAAGGGAAACCCACAAAUCUGUUUGGAAUCUCUUCCCAUCUCUAUCACACUGAACCAUCGAACUUUGCUCUUGUGUAUAUCUUUGAAAGUGGUAUCAUCCACAAAAUUUGCGAACAGUCCAGCUCCGUCAACGCUGAGAUGGAUUUAUUACUUCUUCUUUGCCAUUUGUUCGGACGGCGAUAUAUCCCUCGAAAUUACAGCCGACCGGAAGUAAUUGCAAGACUCAGGACGAAGUAUCCAUCUCAAAUAAUACUUCCCCCCUUACCUUCUGAAAUCGGCGCCAAGCUCCAGGGCCACAAUGAUGACAUCCUCAGGAUGUUCUCGUCCUACGCACUGAGCUAUGCAGUCGAGCAUCAAUCAUCAUUGGGUGUCGAUGAUACUCUUCCUCUUAGCGGUCCUACUGCUAAUACUGUACGCAUCGAGUCACCUUUUAUUGACUAUCUUGAUAGCACGAAGAUCACACCCAUUGCCCGCUCCAUUUUCGCUGCAACUUCCGGACUUGACGAUCAUUUUACCAGUAUUUAUGAUCUUGUCAGUACUGUGCGCAAAGGGAUCCAUCUCCACGAACAUGCCAUCCCUUCUAUGCAGGGAUUCGUUGAUCACAGUGCCCUACAUGAGUCAAUGCAACCGGAGCACAAGCUGAACGCAUACAUCCUUGACUUCUAUUCUCACGGGCAGGUGUCCGCCUUGGCGGAAGCAAAUGGGAUUAGAAGGGGUGAUGUGUGGUAUGAACUGCAGGAAUUUGAUUUAACCUUGAAGACUAUUCGAACGAGUUUGCAGGAGCUGUUAAUUCAGUUGUCCUUGGCUCGAUGUAGGGAAAUUAAAGAUGUAAAUGAGCUGUUGGACUUAGAAGCCGAGGAGGAGGAUGAGGAAAAUGAAGAGGAGGAUGGAAUUGAGGGAUUCAAGCGACCACCAAAAACGUCGCCGGGUGAUUGGAAAGUAUAUGAAAUUUUCGAUCGAAUUACCAGAAACUUUGGAGAGAAGUUUCAUGAGAUUUUUGCGUAA